GCGGGCAGUGGACCCCGCCUCCUCCAGCACAGCCCGCUGAAGCGAAGAUCGGGUCUCGGGCUCUCCUCUGUGGCCCGCCCUGACAGAAGCCCAGCGCGUGGGACUGGGGCGUGAGCGUGAGGUGACCGGACAGGUGUGAAGAUGGAGACGAGGACCUGGGACCUUUUAAAGAUGAGUGAACGAAAGUUGGAAAAAGGACAGCAGCGCAAACUUCCUGAAUGGAUGUCUGCGAAGAAGAUCUAUACAGUAGAAGCAAAAAAGCUCAAGGCACCUGUUCAGAAGAGUGUUUUGGAAGAUGACCUGCCCUUCUUAGAAUUCACUGGAUCCAUUGUGUACAGUUAUGAAGCUAAUGAUUGUUCUUUGCUCUCAGAAGAUAUUAGUAUGAGUCUCUCUAAUGGAGAUGUGGUAGGAUUUGACAUUGAGUGGCCACCAGCAUACAAGAAAGGGAAACUGGGCCGAGUGGCGCUCAUUCAGCUGUGUGUGUCAGAGAGCAAGUGCUACUUGUUUCACAUUUCUUCUAUGUCAGUUUUCCCUCAGGGACUAAAAAUGUUGCUUGAAAAUGAAGCAAUUAAAAAGGCAGGUGUGGGAAUUGAACAAGAUCAGUGGAAACUUCUACGUGACUUUGAUAUCAAAUUGAAGAGUAUUGUGGAGCUGACAGAUGUUGCCAAUGAAAAGCUGAAAUGUUUAGAGACCUGGAGCCUCAGUGGUUUGGUUAAACACCUCUUUGGUAAACAGCUUCUGAAAGACCGGUCUAUCCGCUGUAGCAACUGGAGUAAGUUUCCCCUCACUGAGGACCAGAAACUGUAUGCAGCCACUGAUGCUUAUGCUGGUUUCAUCAUUUAUCAAAAAUUAGAAAAUUUGAGUGAUCCUGUACAAAUAUUUGUCAAGAGUAAAGAGGAGAAAAUACUACCUAGUGACGUGAAGAAACAGUUGACUUCGCUCUCCAAGGAGAUGAUGGAUCUGGCUGAGUGUCUUCCGGAUACUUUUGGAAAACUGGAAAAUCCACAGAGGGUUUCCCUACUACUGAAGGAUAUUUCAGAAAAUCUGUGUUCUUUGAGGAUGAUGAUGUUUGGCUCUACUCAGAAGGAACUGAGACCCAGCAGUAAUUUUCACUUACCGCUGGAAGAGCCAACUGCUGGUGAAGUACAAGAAAAACAAAUUAGAACACAUAACAUUUUUCCUGAAGUUAAAGACGAGGCAUGGGAUGCAACACCUGAUGAUUUAAUUGAACAUGAUGGAGAAGAGGUGCUUGGAAAUCAAAUGAAACAAGAAGAUGGAUUUGAAGAUGGACUGGAAGGCAAUAAGUUGAAAGAGUAUACAGAAAGAAAUUGUUUGAUGUCAUUAGAUAUUACAGAAGAUGAGCUCCAACUUUUAGAACAACAGGCUCAGGAAAAACAUCUUACUGAUGUUACUUGCACAUCUCCUGAGCAUUCAUCUUUCAAGGAUAAUGAAGAGGAUCUAUCUUACAUAAUUGAGAGUGAUGAAGAUUUAGAAAUGGAGAUGCUUAAGUCUCUAGAAAACCUCAACAGUGGCAUGGUAGAUCCAAAUCAUUCAAAAUGCAUAGAAAUGGAAAAAAAUCUGGAUCAUCCUUCUGAAGAAGAUGAUGAAGAUGAGAUUGAAGCUAUUGAAGAGGAAAAAGAAGUUGAUGAAGACUGUCUGUUACCAAGACCUACUGAAAAGCAAAUUAACUGCCUCAAGACCUACUUUGGCCAUUCUACUUUUAAGCCGGUUCAGUGGAAAGUGAUUUAUUCUGUACUGGAAGAAAGAAGAGAUAAUGUUGUUGUCAUGGCAACUGGGUAUGGAAAGAGUCUGUGCUUCCAGUAUCCACCUGUUUAUGUAGGUGGGAUUGGCCUUGUCAUCUCUCCCCUUAUUUCUUUGAUGGAAGACCAAGUGCUUCAGCUUGAAAUAUCCAGUAUUCCAGCUUGUUUUCUUGGAUCAGCACAGUCAAAAAAUGUUGUGGAGGAUAUUAAAGUAGGCAAAUACCGGAUUGUAUACCUAACUCCAGAAUUCUGUUCAGGUAACUUGGACCUGCUUCGGCAGCUUGAGGCUAAUAUUGGUAUCACACUUAUUGCUGUGGAUGAGGCUCACUGUAUUUCUGAGUGGGGACAUGAUUUUAGAAAUGCAUUCAGGGCUUUGGGUUCCCUAAAGGCAGUACUCCCGAAGGUUCCAAUUGUUGCAUUGACCGCUACAGCAGGUUCUUCAAUCCGAGAAGACAUUGUACGUUGCUUAAAACUGAAGGAUCCUCAGAUAACCUGUACUGGUUUUGAUCGACCAAACUUGUAUUUAGAAGUUGGACGAAAAACAGGAAGCAUCCUGCAGGAUCUGAAGCAGUUUCUCGUCUGUAAGUCAAGUUCUGCUUGGGAAUUUGAAGGUCCAACUAUCAUCUAUUGUCCUUCCAGAAAAAUGACAGAACAAGUUACAGCUGAACUUAAAAAACUGAAGUUGGCCUGUGGAGCAUACCAUGCAGGACUGAGUGUUAACUUAAGGAAACAAGUUCAUCAUAGGUUCUUGAGAGAUGAAAUUCAGUGUGUCAUCGCUACCGUAGCUUUUGGAAUGGGCAUUAAUAAAGCUGACAUUCGCCAAGUCAUUCAUUACGGUGCUCCUAAGGAAAUGGAAUCCUAUUACCAGGAGAUUGGUAGAGCUGGCCGAGAUGGACUUCAAAGUUCUUGUCACGUUCUCUGGGCUCCAGCAGACAUGAACCUAAAUCGGCACCUCCUUGGUGAGAUACGCAGUGAAAAGUUUCGAUUAUACAAAUUAAAGAUGAUGGCGAAGAUGGAAAAAUAUCUUUAUUCCAGCAAGUGUAGGCGACUAAUCAUCUUGUCUCAUUUUGAAGACAAACAGCUACGAAAGGCCUCCGCAGGAAUUAUGGGAACUGAAAACUGCUGUGAUAAUUGCAGGUCCAGAUUGGAUCACUGCUUUUCCCUUGAAGACUCAGAUGAUAUGUUACAGGACUUUGGUCCACAAGCAUUCCAGCUCUUAUCUGCUGUGACCAUCUUGGGAGAAAAGUUUGGCAUUGGGAUUCCAAUUUUAUUUCUCCGAGGAUCUGUAAGUCUUCUUUUACUCCUAUUAUACUUUUCUUCAGAG